GAGGUGGACAAGGUGCUGCAGGAGUUAUCUCAGAGAGGAGAGUUUGGAUUUGGAAGCUUUUGGGGUAGAAGAGAAAUGGGUUGUUCCCCAAUUCAUCAUUCAGCAGAAGUUUCUGCAAUUCAUCAAAGAGCCAUGGAUGGAUGGAUAUGAAACAUAUUCAAGAAGGUGCAGGUUGUCAAUUUCAAAUGAUGGCCGCGCUCGGCUCCGAUCAGCUGAAGCAGCUGAAAGACAUCUUCAUGCGCUUCGAUAUGGACUCCGACGGCAGCCUCACCCAGCUCGAGCUCGCCGCCCUGCUCCGGUCUCUGGGCGUCAAGCCCACCGGUGACCAGCUCCACGUCCUCCUCGCCAACAUGGACGCCAACGGAAACGGCACCGUCGAGUUCGACGAGCUCGUCACCGCCAUCUUGCCCGACAUGAACGCGGAGAUCCUCAUCAACCAGGAGCAGCUCACGGAGGUCUUCCGGUCGUUCGAUCGCGACGGAAACGGCUACAUCACCGCCGCCGAGCUCGCCGGAUCCAUGGCCAAAAUGGGUCACCCGUUGACGUACAGAGAGCUCUCCGAUAUGAUGCAAGAGGCCGACACGAACGGCGAUGGCGUGAUUAGCUUCAGCGAAUUCGCGACGAUCAUGUCUCGGUCUGCCGCCGAUUUUCUUGGGGUCUGAUCAGGUGUGGCGCGGGUAUGAUCGUUUGUGGAUGGUUUGACUUUUUAUCGCUGACUUUUAUGUUUUAUUUAUUUUUAUUUUUCUAUUGGUUUUGUGUUUGUGGGGUUGAGGGGCUUGUCUUGAUAAUAUAGGAUGAAUUUGUUUUAGGAGAAGAAGGAGGAUCUGCACAGCAAAGGGGAUAAUACAUAUACUGAUCAAUUUUAAUAUUGAGACCUGCCCCUCAAUCCCUUUAGUGAAUUAAGAUCAGAAUUACCAAUUAAUUAAUCAAAAACCCAUCUUGUAAAUUUUUGUAUAAAUAAUAAUGUCAUGUUAUUAGUAGUUCAUGUUUAGGUCCAUCUCAAUUUCAUACCAUUUGGGUUGUAAUUUGUAUAUGAAUUCUCUCUCAGGUUAUGUUAUGAAGUUAUGAUUUGGUCAUUUUC